AUGAUCAGUUUGAGUGAAACAGAGACAAAAGGGGAGAGUGCCAAAAGUACUGUCCAAAGGAACAUAACUGACAGCCAUAGAAAGAGUGGUGAGGGUAGCAGUACACAUCAGUCCCUCACUAAGUCGCACAACAGCACCAUUGGUAGAGUCAGUGACAAGAACCUUAAGAAAGUAUCACAGGUCAUUCCAGGAAAUGCACGAUCCCUGACCUUCCGGAACCUUCAACCUCAUACUCGCUACUCCCUGACACUAUUUGGGAUAAGUUCAGGACUGCAAUCCAAAAUCCACCACUUCACCAUCACCACAGGUCCAGAAUCUCCCUCUGAACUGCUGUUCAGCAAUGUAACAGACUCUUCUCUUUCUGUGUCCUGGACAAAACCAAAAAGCCCCGUUACCGGCUUCAAGGUCACCUCUACCCAUAUCGAAGAUGGGGACUCCUCAUCUGUGUCAGUUGAUGCAAAGCAUUCCAGUGUGACUCUGUCUCAGCUCUCCUCUGGCUCAUCCUAUGAGGUCAAUGUGGUUUCUGUGCUGGGCUUGAAAGAGAGUGACCCAGUCAAGGGCCUUGUAAUCACAGUCCCUGACCCACCCACGGGACUCCGGGCUGUCAAUGUCACUGAAACGAAGGCACUGUUGGUGUGGAAACCUGCCCUGGCAACAGUUGAUUGGUACAUCAUCACUUAUGGGUCUGAAAAGGCACCAGAUAUGAUAGUCAAGGUCUCAGGCAGUAAUUCUAAGCACCAGCUGAAGGGUCUUCUUCCUGCAAAGGUCUAUACUGUCACAGUCAUCAGUCAAUUAGAUAGCUUGCAAAGCACUGGGACUACUGCAACCUUCACCACAGCUGGAGGAAAUGGUAUUAGAAGGGGGGAGGUCCCCCAAGAAACGCCCGUCAGUCAGGUGACUCCACGCUCUGUUGUGUUGUCAUGGAAAUCACCUAAUAUGGCAGUUACAAGCUACAGACUUACAUAUCAGAGGGCAGGAGAAGAUGAAAAGGAAGUUACCCUUGCCUCCACCAUGACCGAAUUCAAACUGACUGGACUGAGUCCUUUGUCAGAGUAUACAGUGCGGGUACAGGGAGAGAGGAACGGACGGUAUAUUACUAUCAUCUCCACUGAGUUCAAAACAGGGUCUUUGCGCAUGCCCUUCCCCACUGACUGCUCCCAGGAGCUGCUGAACGGGAUGCAGCAGUCAGGAGAGGUAGAAGUCUUUCCUGCAGGACGGCAGGGGAGGCCGGUUCGGGUCUACUGUGACAUGGAGACGGAUGGUGGAGGCUGGACGGUCAUCCAAAGGAGGAUGAAUGGGGAGGCAAAUUUCUUCAGAGGAUGGAGUGACUACAGUUAUGGCUUUGGAAAUCUGAGUGGAGAAUUCUGGCUUGGCAAUGAAAACAUUCACAAUCUCACCAUCCUUAGACCCAUGGCCCUGCGUGUGGACCUCCGUGCAGGGGCGGAGUCUGCCUAUGCCCACUAUUCUUUCUUCUACGUGGAUGGUCAGAGAAAACACUAUGCACUCAGAGUGUCUGGGUACUCGGGUACUGCUGGAGACUCCAUGAGACAUUACAACGACCGCCCAUUUUCCACACAUGACAAAGACCCCUUCCCCAUCAGCACCCAUUGUGACACGUCCUACAGGGGAGGCUGGUGGCACAAGAACUGCCGGAAAGCCAACAUCAAUGGCCUCUACAACACUGGCACCACCGACCAGGGUGUGAUCUGGACUGACCGGAAAGGCAAGGACUCCUCCAUCCCCUUCACCGAGAUGAAGUUGCGGCCAGCCUCCUUCCCAUCCCGGACUCACAGCUAGACAGGCAGCCCAAAAGAGGGAGACGCAGUGCAAGUGAGGAAGAGAGUCCGACAGAGAGAGAGAGCAAAUGAGAAAGAGAGUGAGAGAGAGUGAGGGAGAGGGAACACGCACAUCACCACUAUCCACAUUACACACACACACACACGGACACAUGGACACACAAACAUGUGCCAUACUGGCAAACAUAAACGUAUGCAUUCUAACACACGCUAACACACACACACACUGCACACACAUACACAGGCACACACACCACAACACCACAGUGUACACACUGACUGUUCACCCAGACAGGACACAUACCGUCCAUACCCAGACCUGCCACGCUUAGAGCCCUAAAUCUCUUUUCUAAAUGGCAUCCCAUGAAACUCUUCUGUUUAUACACACAAUGCAAUAAGGCAGAAAACCUUUUGUAAAAUGACAUGAAAUGUUUUUAACACAUUGUGUGUACAGGUUUUCCAUGCUAUUCAUGUCAUGGUUUUCCCCCCAUGUCUCUGAGUGCAUUUUUCCAAGUGUGUUGCUCCUGACUGUUGAUGGAAUGAAUAUGCACUGUUUCCAUGCUCUGUUGGUACUGCACACUGCAGCUAUUGAAAGUAUGUGGAAUGUGGAGAUCUCCGUAUGCACUCAUGGCAUUUUCAUGAGUGUUUUCAUGGCAUUGUCUGUACUGUGCUUUUGGUUUAGAAUCGCUUUGUGUUUUGUUGUUUUGUCCCCAGGAAAUUCUCCAGUCUA